GGGAAUUACACAUAAAAACAGCAGAACCAGAACACCCUCCCCUGGACACACCCUGCUGAGGAUCACUGCUUCUCUUUUUUUCUGAACCAUCGCCCACGCCACUCGGAGAGAACGCUCUCCCUCAUCAUCAUCCAGUAGAAAACCCCUUUCUCCUCAUUUUCAUCCUAUAGAGGACACCUACAAUCUCAGAGGGCUGAGAUUCCCUGGCGAAGAUUGUAUUUUUUUUCCUUUUUUUCUUUUUUUUUCUUUUAAUUUGGACUCCUGACAGAACAUAAGGGCCAUAUAAUAUAAAGGCCGAAGAGCAUACAGAAACUCAGCUUCAGCUUCAAGACCAGUGCAAAGAAGGACCUAGAUUUCUUUCAUUGUACGUCAAGAAUGGUUACUAUAAUCAGCACCAUGGAAACCCAGGUGUCCAACGGUCCAAGCGGAACCAGUCUGCCUAACGGUCCAGUCAUUAGUACUAACGGCUCCACAGACGACAGCAAAACCAAUCUGAUCGUCAACUAUCUGCCUCAGAACAUGACCCAGGAAGAGUUCAAAAGUUUGUUUGGUAGCAUUGGAGAGAUCGAGUCCUGCAAGCUAGUCAGGGAUAAAAUAACAGGUCAGAGUUUGGGAUAUGGCUUUGUAAACUAUGUGGAUCCAAAUGAUGCAGAUAAGGCCAUCAACACACUCAAUGGUCUCAAACUGCAGACUAAAACAAUCAAGGUAUCAUAUGCCCGGCCAAGCUCGGCUUCUAUUCGUGAUGCCAACCUUUACGUAAGUGGACUCCCCAAAACCAUGAGCCAGAAGGACAUGGAACAGCUGUUCUCCCAAUAUGGUCGCAUCAUCACAUCCCGCAUCCUAGUGGACCAAGUUACAGGCAUAUCACGAGGAGUGGGUUUCAUCCGGUUUGACAAGCGAAACGAGGCAGAGGAGGCCAUCAAAGGUCUGAACGGACAGAAGCCUUUGGGUGCCGCCGAGCCCAUCACUGUCAAGUUCGCCAACAACCCCAGCCAGAAGACAGGCCAGGCCUUACUGACUCAGCUGUACCAGACUGCUGCCCGCCGCUACACAGGGCCCCUACACCACCAGACUCAGCGUUUCAGCAUGAUCCCUUCACUUGGAAAGGGACCAGAUCCAAAUAACAGCUCAAAACCAAUACUCGACAAUUUACUAAACGCCAGCUACGGAGUCAAGAGAUUCUCCCCCAUCACCAUUGACAGCAUGACCAGCCUGGCCGGGGUCAACCUUACUGGUCCAACUGGAGCCGGAUGGUGCAUCUUUGUAUACAACCUGUCCCCCGAGGCGGACGAGAGCGUCCUGUGGCAGCUCUUCGGUCCCUUCGGUGCUGUCACCAACGUCAAGGUCAUCCGUGACUUCACCACCAACAAAUGUAAGGGCUUUGGCUUUGUCACCAUGACCAACUACGACGAAGCCGCCAUGGCUAUCGCUAGCCUUAAUGGCUACCGCCUGGGUGACCGCGUGCUGCAGGUUUCCUUCAAGACCAGCAAGCAGCACAAGGCCUGAAAGAGAGGCUGCUGGCACCAGCUCCUUCAACCUGCAGGGAGAGCAACCUGAGCUCCCUGUGCCAUCACUCUACAUGGGCCUGGACUGAGUCUCUCUCUCUGACACAUUCUCACACAAAUUCAUAAUAUAUUAUUGCAAACACAGACAUGCAGAUACACACAAACACGCACACACAUAACCAAACAUAUCCAUACGCAAGCAUACAAAAGUCAGAGUUUCAAACAAACACACUAGUGGAGUUUUUCUUUUCUCUUUACACAACAUGCUAGUCCUUCCCUAUAUUUGCCUGGAUUGAAUUAGAAGGGGUACGUAGUGGUUUGUUGGGUAGGGGCAAGAGCUAUCUAUUUAGGAGACAGUCUAACGAAUGUGACAGAGAAUGUGUACUGAGUGCUUUGAUUGAAUUCAGGCAAAUAAUGACAACUGAUGAACAAAACGAUCAAAAAUUUAAAUGAAUGAAUAUGUGCAAUUUACCCAAACUCUUAUCCCACCAUCUCUCCCAUUAUCUUGCUGGAGAGGAUGUAGUCACUUUUUUACACUUGGGCAUUUUGAAUCAGCGAUUUUUUUAGAUCAAAGAAAAUGAAAUUAAAAAACAGUGUUCUCUUAUAUACGUCUAUUAAAAUAUAACUAUAUAUUCAAUAUUUAAGGUGGUUAUAAUAGCCGAGUAUGUAAGCAUUUUCUAGAAACUUUGACUACUGUUUCCUGACCUGCAUUAGGUGGUGCCUAGAGUACAGGCAGAUUCUCUACCCUAUAUGAGCUUGUCAGUUCAGACCCAAUAAGAUUUAGGUUAACCAAUGAAUACCGGUCACAGAAAAGAGUAGUCCGAAGGCCAUCAGAAUCACUCUUUCCCAGUCUCACACCGAACAACACAAUAGUACACUUAUAUAUCACAGAAAAACAGUUCAAUAACUAGAAGAUAUAUACAUAUUUAGUCCACGAAAACAAAAAAAGUUCCUGUAUGUCUUCUAAUUUCUCACAAGCAGACUGUCUGUGAACUUAAAGCAGAGUGGCAGUGCUCCCAUGGUGACAGUGUUCAUUAAUAAUUCUCUGGUGGGCGAGAGCGUGACGAGUGCAAGUUGAAAACCGUUUCACCAUAACACAGCCACAUCAAAGGAAAAUACCGGUGUUUUUUCACUUUUUGCAUAAUUUAUUUUAUUACACACACACACACUAAGGCCAUUUUACUUUGUAUGGCUUUGUUAGCCAUGAUUUGGUGUGUUAUCCCUUUAACUGAAAGGCCAUCUGGUGUCAAAAGGUCAAGAGAAAAAAGCAAACAAGAUGUGAAAGACACGAAUUCAUCGUUCUUGCUGACAUACUUUGAUUAAUGUUACUGUGCUCAGGACAGGCUAUGUCUUCAGAUUAAUUUAGAUAAAUGGAACUGGGGAAUUGGAUAUCUUGAAUAUAAUUACAAUCCAAGUCGCUGCAAAAAGCAACUCUGAAUACAUUGUUAAACAACACACCCCAUGAACUGAAAAAUGGUCUAGGCAGGUCUGUAGAGAAGUAACACAGAUGAGCAAAAACUUAAGAGCACCGGUAUUAUUCUUUAGUCUAGUGAACACAUAGAAGCUCCCAGAAUAAAUGAGGUCUGAGUUACCAUUCAGUAGAACACAUGAGCUCUACAGUAACAACAUGCGUAGAGCAGAUAAGAGGACUACAGUCCCAAAUAACUGAACAUUUAAAUUGUCUUAGAGUCACGUAUGUGAGCGAUGAUAUCUGGCAAUGUUAAAAUUAUCAUUGAUCCUUUGAGGAGAAAAGAUUACCAGUUCCUCCAGCUUUGCCAAAUGCUCCUCAGUUUUAUUUAAAACCCCUCUAUUCUCUUGAAAGCUUCCCAGAAACUUACAACUUCUGCCCUCUCAAAAGAUGACUGUACAACAUCAAGCCUGCAAAUAAGUGUCAUAAUUAUACCUAUGUUUACAACAGAAAGGUAUUUAUUUGCUUCAGAUCUGUUUGGCACUACCACAAAAAUAGCAUUUCUCAAAAUAUCCCCAACCCAAUUGCAUGGAAAUUAUUUAUGGCACACUUGAUGAAAAGGACAACCUGUCUAGUCGAAAUGUCUGUUACAAACCAGACUUAAGAUUUACCGUGGGGAGAGCUAAUGUCUCAGAAAUAUCAAGACAUUUGCACAUGAUAAUAGAUGAAAUAAGGUCAAGUAUAUUCAAGACAUUUUUGCUUUUGCUUUUCUAAAUGACGCUGUGUUAGCCAAAGAGGACGAUCUCUUUGAAAGGAUUACAUUAGAGAUAAAUCUAUUUUUAUACAUACAAAGGAACAAGACCUUGUGCUGAAUUUUUACAGAUUCUUAAGCUUGGAAAAAUUGGGACAUCGCAUGGCUUUAUUUUAAACCCUCUGAUCUUU